ACUGGACAUAUGCGCGGGUCACCGCUACUGGCGGCAAAACUUCCUUGUACCUAUGUUGAUUAAUUGUAGCUCCUGGUAAACAUGUCUGUAUCUUCAGGGAACUUGGCUUUGGUGUGGGAUGACCUAAAAAAUGGAUUCGACGCGAUAUUUAGACUUGAAACAAUCAAACGGAAGAGAUACAUGGAGCUUCAUACACAUGUGUACAAUUAUUGUACUUCAGUUGACCCGAAGUCUCACACAACGCCUAGCAGAAGUGCAAUAGAAACUGAACCGGGUGGAAAGUUGGUGGGUUUCGAGUUGUACAAAAAGCUACGCAACUAUCUGAAGGCGCAUGUACAUUCCUUAAAACUAAAAGGAAAUAAUCUUGUUGAUGAAGAAACACUGUCAUAUUUUGAGAAAGCCUGGACCGAAUUUCGUUUCGCAUCAAGGGUGUUGGAUGGAGUCUGCAAUUACUUGAAUAGACACUGGGUCAAACGGGAGUGUGAAGAAGGGCGAAAGAAUGUCUUUGUUGUAUACACACUUGCAUUGAUAACAUGGCGUGAGCAUCUACUAAAGCCUCAUGCUAGGGUUUUGAUCAGUGCAAUUCUUCGAGAAAUUGAACGUGAGCGCCGUGGGGAAAUUUUAUCAACUCUACGACUAAGAAAAAUCAUCGAGUGUCUAGUUGAAUUGGGCAUUACGUCUGAACAACAAACCUUCUCAACGUCUUCGUUAACUGGAGCUCCUUUAUCCCCUAGUGAACCUUUGCCGUACCUGAUGAAAUCUUUCAAAUCUCCAAGUUUCCCACCUAAACCCAGUGGUUCCGCAUCAAAACCAAAUAAACCAGAGCUGGAAUCCAGUUAUCAGGGUGCAUCUAAUAAAAGUGUCCCAAAUUUCCGGGGUCCACUUCAUUCUGUGGACUCAGCUGACGAAUCCACCUCUAAUACUCCUAGUACAACGACAUCAACUUUAACUUCAGACUCACGAAUAAAUUUAUCAGUUUAUCAAGAAUAUUUUGAACGACCAUUUUUAUCUGAAACUGAGCGAUAUUAUCGAUUAGAAAGUGCUCAAUUUCUGCAGUCGAACACAGUCCCCGAAUACCUCCAAAAGGUAGAAACACGGUUGAAUGAAGAACGUAUUCGUGUUCAGACUUACCUCCACAUAAGCACACUUCCUAAAUUAAUAAGAUCUUGUGAGCAUUACCUAAUUGGAGAACAUAUUGACCGGCUGACAUCAGUCUUCUCAGAUCUAUUUAAUGAAGACAGAGAAGAAGAUAUAUGGAGAAUGUAUCGUUUGGUUGGUCAUUUUCCUAGUGGAAUACGUGUUCUUGUCUCAGUCAUGGAAGAUCAUGUGGCUGAUAAAGGAUGGGAAGCUAUCCGUCAGGUCGCUGAAGCUGCUUUAAACGACCCAAAGUUGUACAUUGAUACAAUAUUGAAAGUUCAUCAAAAGCAUUAUAAUCUUGUAUUAUCUGCUUUUGCCUGGGAUCCAGCAUUUACACGUGCCUUAGACAAAGGAUGUGAACGUUUUAUCAAUCGUAAUGCUGUUACUGAGUUAGCUGGUAAUCAGAGAAAGUCACCUGAACUUUUAGCUAAGUAUGCUGACUUCCUGUUGAAGAAAAGUGCUAAAGACAUUCAACUUGAUGAUUUGGAAGAAACUCUUGGACAAGUGAUGAGUGUCUUCAGAUAUAUCGAAGAUAAGGAUGUCUUUCAAAAGUUUUACAGCAAAACAUUAGCGCGCCGACUUGUGUAUAAUCAAUCAGUGUCUGAAGAUGCAGAAGCAUCGAUGAUAUCUAAAUUAAAAGAAGCCUGUGGUUUUGAAUAUACAGCUAAAUUACAAAGGAUGUUUCAAGAUGUAAAUGCUACAAGGGAACUUAAUGCCAAGUUCUUAGAUUAUUUACAGAAGCAAGAAGAGGCCAAUGGUAGUACAAUUAAAGGAACUGAUUUCAACAUUAUGAUCCUCAGUUCAAAUGCAUGGCCAUUUCAAGCACAAGCACCGUUUUCUAUCCCUCCAGAGUUGGAACAGUGUCAUAGUACCUUUCUUGCUUUCUACCAUGAACACCAUACUGGUCGCAAACUGACAUGGUGCUAUCAUUUGUCUCGUGGUGAAGUUGUUACCAACUAUACUAAGACCAGAUAUAUAUUUCAGGUUUCCACAUAUCAGAUGUCCGUUCUCAUGCUGUACAAUUCAUCACUUGUUUACUCAGUGUCAGCUAUUCAACUGCAGACUGGUAUUGAAGAAGCAACACUGUUGCAAAUCCUACAAAUUCUUCUUAAGGCUAAAGUGUUGAAAAUUGUUUCGGAUCCCAAUUCUGAAGUGGAACCAAGUCAACCCUUAACUUCCUCGAAUGAUGAUACCAAUGAUUCGCAUUUAUCGCCUGAUACCCAUUUGGCACUAUAUACAGAUUAUAAGAAUAAACGUGUUCGAGUAUAUUUAAAUAUCCCCCUGAAAAGUGAAACAAAACAAGAGAUUGAACAGACUUUGGGCAAUGUAGAAUCCGAUCGAAAGCUUAUUGUUCAAGCUUGUAUAGUACGGAUUAUGAAGACUAGAAAGGUGAUGAAACAUCAUCAAUUGAUCUCUGAAGUUGUAACACAGUUAACUCCUCGGUUCAAACCGACAGUGUUGUUAAUCAAAGUGAGUUGGGAGUAGCUUGUUUUUAAAAUCCUUUUUUUCAUGAAAACAUUUCGUUAUCUAUCCAAGUAUGUAGAAAACAAGGUAUCAUACAGUGAGGAUAAUUAAUUCUAGUUGAUUAAAACCGAAUACUAACGAGCGCAACUCAUAUUUAAGCAUUAUUAUCUUCCGUUCUCAGGAGAAUGGUCAGUCGUACUGGUUUCUGUGGUUGCUAGGAUUUGAUGAAUUUGUUGUCUGAUGGCUAAUCUUAACAUUUUGGUGAUAAAGUCGAUAUCAUACAUGAAUGAUAUGUCAUUCGAGUAGGCUGUCACCUUUCCAUACACCGUUACUGAUUGUUUCCAAAAAUAUUUGAAUUGAUAUGUACUCAAUUAGAAGUGUCAGGAACAGACAUAUUUUUUCUACCUGAUCGUAAUAGUACUCGCCUGAUAUCGCUAAUAUAUGACAGUUUUGCGGCUUAGUAAGUACACAUCUUUAGGCAACUCUGUUAUCACUUUCGCUGUUUGCAGUUGUCUUAACUAUGGAAUUCUGCCGAUUUUAGUCUUAACAUUGAUCUUACGCGUGGUUGGCCCGAUCUGGUGUACUCAAUUCACCCAUGCUAUAGAUAGCGUCAUCCCGCCCUCCCUACGGCGUACAAAGGGACACAAAGUCUACUGCUUAUUAUCCACACAUUUUAGACGAUCUAAUCCAUCUGUAUUUACAACCAAAUAAGCCGAUCACAACGUACUAUAAUUUGUUAAGAUGAAACAACUAUUUUCAAGCACAAUAGUGGAUUUCACCCAACAUACAAUUAUUUCCGAACUAUAAGUCUAACAUAAAUUGAUGAGAAUUCAAUCGAAAGCUGUUUAACCGAACUAUACAAUAAUGUUACUAAUUAACUCAUAAGUAGAUUGACUUUAAUGAUUCACGUUUUCCACUUUUUGGUUGAUGUAACAGAUUUCGUUUGAGAUGGAGCAUAAGGAUUGCCAGAUUUCCCAAUAAACAUAUCACACAAUCCAUCUGCGAUUGUUUUCUAAAUUCUAUCAGCUCACCAUAAUUUGAUAAUCAUUCAGUAUCUUGAAGCUGCACUUGGUUUUGACUUUAGAGGUCAAUAUUUUUCAUGAAAAUUUAAACAGCUUAACCUUGAAGUAAGGCAAUGAUGAGCAGUAGAUUGUGAAUUAAAUUAUAUGAAGCCAGUUUUCAUGAAGAAAUAAAAUCAGCUUGAAAACUAUGGGUCACUGUUGUCUUAAAUCGGCAUAUGAACGAGAAUAAUCGAUAUGGCUGUACUCAUAUAUGAGCUCCUUAGCCUGAAUAAGUGCGAUGCACUAAUUCAGGUUGCGUCAUCAUAUUAAAUUUUUAUACUUAUCAUCUUAAAGAUAUUCUCCAUGAAUUUUGAAGAAACCUUUGUCACCAUUCAUUAUUAAUUAUUUAACUAAUACAUACAUUAUUGUUUCAGCGAUGUAUUACCGCUCUUAUUGAACGAGAGUAUCUCAAACGUGAUAGCAAUGAACGGGAUGCAUAUGAAUACCUGGCCUAACUUUCAUACACAUAUUCACUAAUACUGUUACUGCUUCAACUUCGUCGUUUAUGUGUUUUCUUUUAUAAAUCACUUUCAUUCACAGUUUUCAAUGUGAUUGUUUUUCUUAGUCCUAAUCAAAGUAUAAUAAUAUAAUUCAUGCAAUCAUUUCGUAUACAUUCUAUUACGAAAUAAUUAAGUUGAAUAAGUUUACAUUCAUUAAAACUUGUCUGGCGUAGUAUUGAUUCUUAAGCUUAAUGCAUUAAAUUCUUCCACCUUAUUUCUGAUAGUUUUUCCCCGCAUUACUGACUAGCAAUGUCAUUUUUAAAAAAGUGUUUUUGCUUGGUUUUAAAUUCCAUCUAUCAUCAUUUGUUUUAUUCAUUUCACCACUUGUUUAAAGGUGAUAUUCUGUUCAAGUGGUAAUGGUUGUUUUUGAAACAAGUCAGAAAACAAUUUUUUACAGGAGAAAUGAUCUACUCUAUGCUUAUUAAGUACAAUGACAAUUAUUGUAAAUAUUUUUUAUGAUGUUGUGACUUCUUAUUGGUCUAGACAGUUGACUUUCAAAUAGUGGGUCGUGAGUUCGAACCCCACUCCAUCUAAUGAAGUUUGACCAUUCAUGUCAUAUCAUCAGCCCUCACACACUAGGUAUGUCUCAUUACCCAGCACACAUGGGUACUGAGUUAAAUUUAUUUUCAUUUAUGUAAAUACUACAUGCUUUCACUGUAAGUAAAUUAUAACAUGAAUAUAGUUUCUUAACUAUAAUCC